AAAAAAAGGGGUUAAUGGCUGGCGCAGUUGGUCUGAAUCUGAAAUGAAACGCUUAUGACGACGCCGUGGGUCCCAAUUAGCCUCCACACUCCCGUUUUUUUUGUUCUCUGCCAAACGUUCUCUCUACACUCUCAACCCUCUCUUCAACGAUCUCUCUCUCUCAAACAUUAACACAAACACUUUCUCCUCAUUCUCCCUCGUCUUCUCUCUCCCUAUAUAAGUGUCUUUCGUUCGUUUGCAGUCACUAUAAUACAGAACAAAGCUAAACAAAUUUUACUUUCACUUAACACCGAUUUCACUCACUUACUCACCCACUCACUCUUCAAAUCAAAUCUAACGCAAACAAAGAAUUUUCUUUGACGCCGAUGGCGCUUUCGGCCUCCGACGUGCCGGCGAUGUACUCGCUGCUCGCGAAUUCCAUGAGCGCCGAUCACCGCAUCCGGGCUCCGGCCGAGGACGCCCUUGCGCAAUCGGAGUCCAGGCCUGGCUUCUGCUCGUGCCUCCUCGAAGUGAUUACCGCGAAAGAUUUGGCGUCGCAAACGGAUGUACGCAUGAUGGCCACCGUGUAUUUUAAGAACAGCGUCAACCGCUACUGGCGCCACCGCCGCGAUUCCUCGGGGAUUAGCAAUGAAGAGAAAAUGCACCUGAGGCAGAAGUUGUUGACGUACUUGAGGGAAGAGAAUGAUCAGAUUGCUCUUAUGCUGGCAGUGCUUAUCUCAAAAAUCGCUCGUAUUGAUUAUCCCAAAGAAUGGCCAGACAUCUUUUUGGUUUUAUCACAACAACUUCAAUCAGCAGAUGUUCUAGCUUCCCAUCGAAUCUUUUUAAUUCUAUUUAGGACCUUAAAGGAGUUGUCCACAAAACGCCUUACUUCAGAUCAACGCAACUUUGCAGAGAUAUCGUCUCAUUUCUUUGAUUAUAGCUGGCGUCUUUGGCAAAGUGAUAUGCAGACAAUACUGCAUGGUUUCUCUUCUCUUUCUCAAAGCUCUAAUUUAAAUGCCGAAGAUCAGCCUCAUGAACUUUACCUUACAUGUGAGAGAUGGCUGUUAUGUUCAAAAAUUGUGAGGCAAUUAAUAGUUUCAGGAUUUCAAAGUGAUUCAAAGUGUUUUCAGGAGAUUAGGCCAGUCAAGGAAGUCGCACCUGUGUUUUUGACUGCCAUUCAAUCACUCCUUCCAUACUAUUCUUCUUUUCAAAAGCAGUAUACUAAAUUUUGGGACUUCGUAAAGAGGGCAUGCACCAAAUUGAUGAAAAUUUUAGUUGCCUUUCAGGGCAGACAUCCUUACUCAUUUGGUGAUAAAUUUGUGCUUUCUUCUGUCAUGGACUUCUGUUUGAAUAGGAUAACAGAUCCUGAGCCAUAUCUAUUGUCGUUUGAGCAAUUUCUUAUUCAAUGUAUGGUAAUGAUUAAAAAUAUUCUGGAAUGUAAGGAGUACAAGCCGAGUCUUACAGGUAGGGUGAUGGAUGAAAAUGGAGUUAGUGUGGAGCUGAUGAAGAAAAACAUGUCCAGUGCAGUUGGUGGUGUUUUAACUUCUCUUCUCCCCACUGAAAGGAUAGUCCACUUGUGUAAUGUAUUGAUAUCAAGGUAUUUUGUUCUGACAGCAAGUGAUAUGGAAGAGUGGUACCGUAACCCUGAGUCUUUUCACCAUGAGCAGGAUAUGGUUCAGUGGACAGAAAAAUUGAGGCCAUGUGCUGAGGCCUUGUACAUUGUAUUGUUUGAAACUAAUAGCCAAUUGCUAGGCCCUGUUGUUGUUUCUCUUCUUCGAGAGAGUAUGAAUAAUUGUCCAACUUCUGUGACGGAAAUUACUCCUGCUUUGCUUCUUAAAGAUGCUGCUUAUGGUGCUACUGCUUAUGUUUAUUAUGAACUCUCAAACUACCUGAGCUUUAAAGACUGGUUUAAUGGCGCUUUAUCACUUGAACUCUCAAACGAACAUCCAAAUCUGCGUAUCAUUCAUCGUAAAGUUGCUAUAAUUUUGGGGCAGUGGGUUUCUGAGAUCAAAGAUGAUACAAAAAGGCCUGUAUACUGUGCUUUAAUCAGAUUGUUACAGGGUAAAGAUUUGUCAGUCCAGCUGGCAGCAUGUCGAUCACUAUGCUUACAUAUUGAAGAUGCAAACUUUUCAGAAAGGGGGUUUGUUGAUCUUCUUCCUAUCUGUUGGGACUCAUGUUUUAAGUUGUUUGAGGAAGUUCAGGAAUUUGAUUCAAAGGUUCAAGUUUUGAAUUUGAUCUCUAUCCUUAUUGGACAUGUUAAUGAAGUUAUUCCAUUUGCAAAUAAGUUGGUGCAAUUUUUUCAGAAGGUUUGGGAGGAAUCUUCUGGUGAAAGUCUGCUGCAGAUACAGCUUCUGGUUGCUUUGAGAAACUUUGUGGUUGCACUUGGUUACCAGUCACCCGUCUGCUACUGUAUACUGCUGCCAAUUCUGGAGAAUGGGAUUGAUAUUAAUAGUCCAGACGAACUUAAUCUCCUAGAAGAUAGCAUGCUGUUGUGGGAAGCCACACUUUCUCACGCACCAUCGAUGGUCCCUCAAUUGUUACAAUAUUUUUCACGCCUUGUGGACAUUAUGGAAAGAAAUUUUGACCAUUUGCAGGUUGCAGUGAACAUAAUUGAAGAUUACAUAAUUUUGGGUGGAAACGAAUUUCUGAGCAUGCAUGCAACAAAUAUUGCUAAAAUUCUUGAUUUAGUUAUUGGAAAUGUCAAUGACAAAGGGCUUCUUUCAGUUCUUCCUGUGGUUGAAAUCUUAAUACAGUGUUUCCCCAUGGAAGUGCCCCCACUUAUUAGCAGCACUUUACAAAAGUUAAUUGUAAUAUGUUUGAGUGGAGGAGAUGAUCACGAUCCUUCUAAAACAUCUGUUAAAGCAUCUUCUGCUGCGAUCCUUGCUAGGCUAUUGGUGAUGAAUACAAAUUCACUAGCUCAAUUAGCAUCAGAUCCAUCAACUUCUCUACUGCUUCAGACUGCAUCCAUCCCAGUUCAAGAAAAUAUACUUCUUUGUCUGGUUGACAUUUGGGUUGAUAAGGUAGAUAAUGUUUCUUCCAUCCAGAAGAAGACAAUUGGUUUAGCCCUCUCAAUAAUUCUGACAUUAAGACUGCCUCAAGUACUUGACAAACUGGAUCAAAUUUUGAGUGUUUGCACUAGUGUGAUUCUGGGCAGAAAUGAAGACUUAACUGAGGAAGAGUCCAGUGGUGACAUGAGCUCCAGCGCAUCUCCUGAUGAGGGCACUAUUCCUAGUAAAGAAUUCAGAAAAAGACAGAUCAAAUUUUCCGACAGGAUCAAUCAACUGUCUCUUGAGGACUGUGUGAAAGAAAAUCUACAAACAUGUGCUGCCAUUCAUGGAGAAUUAUUCAAUGCUGCAAUGAGCAGUAUGCAUCCAUCUGCAUUUGCACAAUUGAAGCAGGCCUUAAAGAUGUCAUAGUUGAGUCUGACGUUUAAUUCUUACGAUUUGGCGGUGCUAUGUGCAGACUCAGUUUUCGUGUUCAUAGAUUGAUACUUCUUGCAGGGAUGAUAUUGAAGCUUUGUUGGUGGUUUUUGACACUUAUUUAUGAUUGUUUCCAGGUCAUGGUUUUCCCCCUGAUUAUAAUCAUUUUGAUUUGUCUAUGCCUGUUGGCAGCGUGAAACUCUGUAAAUAGGAUGCUGUUCCUUUAUUAUAUAUAGAAAGGGGCAGCAUUGAGUCCAUAGUGUUCAUUUACUUUACUGAGAAUGACAGGAAAUCUGAAAUGUUUGUAGAUGUUUUGGACACAUUCGGAUGUGUAGUGCAAAUUUUUACGAAGUUCUUUGAA